GAGAAACAUCUUGAAAUUGAAAUUUAGCAUUUUUAAAACAAUGAGUGGUGUUGGAGACAUUCGCAAGCAGAUAGAAAAGAAUUUGAAUUUGACACCAUCUAAACUAGACGAUAAGUUAAAAUUUAAUAAAACUGGAUCUGUAACAGUGCCUAAAAAGACAUUUAGAAACAAUCAAAAAGAUCUUCUGAAUGAGUUAAAUUCAAUUACGAAAAGUUCAAAUAAUUUGAGAGAUCAUUCAGAGAAAUUAACUGAAAAGCCAACUCCUCAAAAAAAACCUGUAAUCCCACCUAAAAAACCAUCUGAGCAAGAUCUUUUUACUAGUAAAGAUGGAAACAUUUUGCCAUUUUCAAAGCAUCUCAAACCAGCUGUUGUAUCUAAGCCUUGCUCAUUGUCAAAUGCUUCUUCAUUUUCAGAAUCACAGGUUUUAUCAAAUUCUACUACCUUUACUGAGCAAAAUAUGAAAAAUUUAAUUAUAAAUAAACCUAGAACUCAGUUAGCAAAUGGUGUCAAGAAUACAAGUGAUAUUAUUAAUAUUAAAUGUACUAAUAAAAAUAUUAACUUUUCUGAAAACAAUGAGGCUUAUGAUGAUGUGAAUGAGAUGCGUUUUUGUAAAGUUAAAUGUGAUAAUAUUGUUCAAAAUAAUAUUGAGGUUUAUGAUGACGUUUUACAAGCAUCUGAUUGCAAAGAUAUGAAUCAAAAUAAAGAUGAAGACAUUGAAAUUUAUGAUGAUGUUAAUGAUUCAAAUAUUUUUAAUAACAAAGUUAGAACAUCAGAAAAUAUUAUUCAAGAAGAUAUGGAGAUUUAUGACGAUAUAAUCAAUCCAAUUUUGUGUAACCAUAGUAACCAAGUUGAAUCAAUUGGUAAUGUUGUUACAGAUGAAGAAAUUUAUGAUGAUGUCAAUAAUCCUGUUGUAUCCACACUUUCAACAUUAUCUACAAAUACUGUUCCAGUAAAUGAUGAAAUUUACGAUGAUGUUAACAAUCCAGUUGAAUCCUCUAUAGUUCAACCAAUGUGUGAUCAUGAAGACAUAGAGAUUUACGAUGAUGUUAGUGAUCAGAAUUUAUCUAUUAACAAAGUUGAGCCAUUGGCAAAUGAUAGUCAAGAAGUUUAUGACGAUGUUUCAAACAACACUUCUCAAGCUCCUGCUAAGUGUUUAAAGUCAUUCUCAAGUGUCGACCAAUCACUUUUCAAUGCACCAAAUGGAUUGGAAGUAUGGUUAAAAAAGUUACUUGAUGAAAACCACUAUCGUAUAAAGAAUGUUACUGACAUGUCAUUACAGAUGAUGCAAGCAAAAGUUAAGUCUACAGACAUAAAAAAUGAUCGCAAUGCAUGUGGUAACGAUUCGUUCAGGCGUGGAAUUUUUCCUUGUCAAGCUGAAAAAGAUAUUGCACAGGGCAUUGUCCAGGAAAAAAUAUUGCCAGGUGAAAAAGAUGACAAAAAAAACGAUAGAGAGGAGUUAAGGCUUCGAAAGAAAAGUGAGAAAAAAGAAAAAGAAAAAGAAAAGGCUGAGAGAAAGAAAAAGAUAAAAGAAUAUAAGUUAUUUGGUUUGGAUCCAGACAAAGAACUGAUAUCUAUUGGUGAAUUUGUUUGUAAAAGCACUUAUUCUUCCAAGAAAAAAGAUUCUUUAGAUCUUUCCUUUCAGUAUGGAGAUGAAGUAAACCUAAUUGAGUUCCCUAGAGCGCCUUCUGGAAAAGUAUUGACAAAAAGGGUGUCUGAUGGAAAACUUGGUUACAUUUUAAAAUCAGAGUUAGGAAUACCAGAAGAAGAGUCUGAAAAAAGCAUGGAGAGGCCACGCUGUCAAAGUUUAAUUCCAACUGAAGAUGAAAUCGAAGGUCCUGAGGUUUAUGAAGUGGUAGUAGAAGCUGCACCCCCAAUUCCAAUAAGACCAAGACCUCAAAUUCAGUUUGAAGGUUUGAGAAACACACAAAGGGAAGAACUGAUGCGUUUAGAUGCUCAAAAAGCAAUCAGCAAUAACAAUGAUCAGGAAGAUGAACUUUAUCAAGAAUUGUGAAAUCUACUGUUUGUACACAUUGCUAGGUGCAAAAAUAUGAAAGUUUUCGUCAAAAAUUAGAUUAAAUAAUAUAUAGAUGACAUAAAUUAUAAUAAUCGCACAUGUGUGCUCAUAAAAUUCUAUGUAAUUAAGCUACGAUUACAAAAACAUUUUAAAAAUGGUCUGCAAAUUUAUGAUUUUUUUUAUGACGUUAUUAUACUCUCAUCCUCAUUUGUACGCAAUCGCAAACAUUGUAUUUUUAAAUAAUUUAUUAUUUUUUUACUAGUUUCUAUGAAUAAUUUUUAUAAAUUGCAAAUAAAAUAUAUAGUAAUAUUAUUGUAAUAAUUAAUACAGGUCGAAUAUUUGAUCUUAAAUUGUAUAUGAAAUGUUUAAAAAAAUAAAAUGAUUAGACAUUUUA